UGCGGGCGGAAGUGGCUCAGAAACCAUCUGGAGGCUUCGGAUCACCCGCUAGCUGCUCCUCCGCUCCCCGAACAACACGUUAACACAACACGUUAACAAACCUCAAAGCACUGCCAGAGGUGGUCUAUAGUAACACUAUGGACGAAGACAUCCUGACAACCCUCAAACUAUUGAUUAUUGGCGAGAGUGGAGUCGGGAAAUCCAGUCUCCUGAUCAGGUUCACAGAUGACACGUUUGAUCCAGAGCAGACAGCGACCAUAGGCGUGGACUUCAAAGUAAAGACAAUCGCCAUCGAUGGAAAUAGUGCAAAACUUGCCAUUUGGGACACAGCUGGGCAGGAGAGGUUUCGCACCCUCACUCCCAGUUACUACCGUGGUGCGCAGGGUGUUAUUCUGGUGUAUGACGUCACUAAGAGGGACACCUUCACCAAGCUGGAGAACUGGCUGAACGAGCUGGAGACGUACACAACCCGGAACGACAUCGUCAAGAUGCUUGUUGGCAAUAAAAUUGACAAAGACAGCCAUGAGGUGGACCGAAACGAGGGCCUGAAGUUUGCUAGGAAACACUCCAUGUUAUUUAUCGAGGCCAGCGCCAAGACCAAGGACGGUGUCCAGUGUGCCUUUGAGGAGCUGGUGGAGAAGAUCCUCCAGACACCAGGGCUGUGGGAGAGCGACAACCCGGGCCAGGGGGUCCGCCUGGGGGAGCAGGAGCCGCGGGCUGGUGGGGGCUGCGGAGGGUACUGCUCCAUACCCUGAAUACCACCGACCUACCUGGGGAAAUGACCGGACACAGGAAAGGCAACCGAAUGGGGGGGGGGGGGGAGAAGGAGAGAGAGCGAGAGAGAGCAUAGUCGUACAGGUUCUGUAUUGAAGGAUCUCAUUGAUCGAAGGCCUCAAAUCUUAUCCGGUCAGGCGAACUUUUGCUGUUUGCACACUUCCUGUUAACUCUCGUUUGUCUUGGUUUUUUUGUUCUUUCACAGUUUUUUUUUUUUUAACUUCCUGGUCAACUCUAUAUCAAAAGAUACAAAAAACAACUCAUGACAGGAAGUGCAUUAUUUUAAUUAGUCCACCCAUGCUAGAUGAUUAUCAUCUGGUUUCCAUUCAUCACGUCAGCAACAGUUACUCUAUUUCCCCCCAUUUUUUUUGUUCUUGCUCAAACUGCUGCAAGAUAAGACUUAAUGUAAAGCGGCUAUAUCAUGCGGCAAUUUGUAGGAUACAGUGCAGGGCUGGGAACGGUAAAUCCAAUAACAAUAUCUACAUCUAAAAUCCUGCAGGGCUUGGGCCACGGCUCUCAUGUAUGUAUGUAUGUAUGUGUGUGUGUGUGUGUGUGUGUGUGUGUGUGUGUGUGUGUGUGUGUGUGUGUGUGUGUGUAUAUAUAUAUAUAUAUAUAUAUAUAUAUAUAUAUAUAUAUAUAUAUAUACACACACAAACACUUGGAGAGAGGCUGUUGGACCUGGAGAUUUGGCUCUUUUAAGAUGACCCUUAUAUCAAAGAGAGGCCUGUUUUCCUUUUCAUUUGAAGCAUUAAUAGAUUUUAUGCAUAGACCCCCCCCCCCCCCCCAUUAAUAUGUAUACCAAAUCAGCAGUUUUUAUUAUCUUUCUUAUGUAAUUAGAUCUAUUUACUCAUGAUUUUCAUUAUUCUUUAUUUAUACCAUUUUCUGUACUUUGAUGUCUCAUUGCAGAUUUGCUGCCACGCAGUUCUCUAAAAUCGACUCAGUAUUUGGUCAGGAGAGUAUGCAUACACUAAUUUUGGCAAUUUAAUUCAAGAAGCUUUUGCAGUAACACAAAGCCUCUUUACUCACUGGCACUUUCUCCUUGCGUACCCCUAUCUACUCUGGCAAUUACAAAUGGCCUCAAAAAAAAGAUUAUUGAUUAGACCUAUUGAGUAAAGACAUGACACUCUACCGUUGUAAGUCAAUAUUCUAUCAGAGGCACGUCUCAGUAAGUUUCCUCCAGUAUCUGUGCCACCUGCAGUUAUUUCAUGGUCACUGUACUGCAACAUGUUUUCUUCAUCAUUUCUAUUCGUUUUUGCUGUUGGCUGUUAAACAUGUAAUAUAUGAAGGGUUUGUUUUUUCUUUAUAGGUUACCGGUGUGCUCUUUUCUGCAUUUUAGUUGAGUCGAAUACCCUUAAAAUAAAGAAUUGCCUUAUUAUUCCAUGA